UAUAUAUAUACACAUUUCUAGUUGUGCAUGUGUUAUUAAUAUUUCAUAUGAAAUUCAUCUUCUUUCUCUCCUGCUCGGCUAAACAAUUAAUGGAUAUUGUGAUGAUGCCGUAGUUGAUCAGCUAGCAAUAAAUAUGGGUAAAGAAGAGAAGAAAGAGAAGGGUAAUCCGGUAGUUGUUGCUGGGUACAAAGUUCAUCUCCAUUGCCCCCAGUGUGCAGAAGAUAUCCGAAAGCCUCUACUAAGGACUACAGGAGUGCAUAGUGUGGAUGUGAAAUACGAAAAGAAUGAAGUUAUAAUAAAGGGUGCAAUUGAUGAGAAGAUGAUCCAUACAAAACUAGAGAAAUGGAGCAGGAAACAAGUGGAGAUACUAGCCAAGGACAAGAUCAACAUCGUUCAAGUCAAAGACAAGGAAACCAAAAGUGAAACGGUGAAGACAACGACGAUAAAGUCGUACAUACACUGCGAUCAAUGCGAGCGUGACCUUCGGAACAGAUUAAUCAAGCACCAAGGCAUACAUGAUGUUAAGACAGACCGGAAAGCUCAUACUAUCACAGUGGUGGGCAUAAUCGAGUCGGAAAAGCUUUUGACCUACAUGCGAAAGAAGGUGCACAAACACGCGGAGAUCAUAACUUCAAAGAAGGAGAAGAAAGAUGGCAAGAAGGAAACCAUCGAAGCUGAACUCAAAUCCACAGAAACUACAAAGCUAGUUGAGUUUCAAGAAGAGAUCAAAGUGGAGGCCAAGGUUAAAGAUGGAAAUGUUCCAUAUUUUGUUCAUUAUGUUUAUGCUCCACAGAUGUUUAGUGAUGAAAAUCCUAAUGCAUGCUCAGUUAUGUAAUCAUCAAGAGAAUUACCUAUACCUACAACACCUGCAUAUGCAUAUAUGACGUGCUCAUGCUUGUAAAUUUAGUUUUGGUAUCACUUCUGCAAAAAAAUGUACUUUUUAAGCCUAUGAAAUUUAGGGAGUCCAAGAAACAACUCCUACAUAGACUAGAAACUGAAGUUGCUAAUAGGCAAAGCUGUAAAUGUCUAUGCACUAGCUAUGAUAUACCCAUGGACAUAUAUGUGUAUAAGAUAGUUGUUCAAUAGGAAGAUAUAUGGGAGAACAAUGAGAUCAGUUGUUCAAACACAUUUUUACCGGAGUAUAA